AUGAGAAAAAAAUCAAGACUGCGAUCUGGAGGCUACAAUGAGAGGAAAGAAAGUUCAGAGAAGAAAAGGUCGGAGCCGAUACAUAAAGCCAUCCAAAAAUAUGAACGCUUAAAAGAGCAAUGGAGACAUUUUGCUGUGGCAGAUGCUAAGCUUUUUGAGGACGUAUGGCAGGUGAUUGAUGAUGAGACAAAGAAGUUAGCAGGGAGGGCUUUGGAUAUAGAUUCAGAACUCUCCCAGCACCUCUCUGGCUUACCCAGAAACAUUCCUGACUGGGAGGCACAGAGCCAGUCUAACGACACGCUGAAAGAAUUGAGUGAGCUGCUGUGCAAUGAAGUGGACUUCUGGAUGGGUGAGAAAGGCCUGAAGCAGCUAGGUCCUCUGGUAGAACAGGGACAGCCUAUUGUGAAGCUGGGAUCUCUUCUUUAUACUCUGGGUUUAGAGAUAGAGGAUUUGCCUCAGUUGACUGAUUACUUGUUGAAGUACCAGCAGCAGCAGCAGAGCGAGCAGACUGAGGAUGCCUAUUCCCCCAGUGUUGCAAGCUCUUCGUUGCAGCUCAUCCCCCCUGACAUCGUACGUUCUGCUCUGAAAAGUUUUCUUGAGCAACGCCAGAUCUGGAAGAUCUCAGCCCCAGAUUUUUCCACAUUGUGGGGGGUACACACCCGGGACACUGCCAUGGAUGCAGCGAAUUGGGAGAGAAGAGGAAACAUUAUCCCAGAUGAGAAAGUGAAAAUGUGGGAGGCUUCCGAGAGCAUUCUGAGGCAGCACAUUGAUAAGCUGAAAGACAACUCUGCUCUUAUGCUGGAGAUUGAGUCUGAAGAAUCAUAA